UUUCGAUUUCUGUGAAAGUUAAAGAAAAUAAGCCGAAAAUUCUGUCUAGUAGAGCGAAUCAAGAUGAAGUUUUUACCAUAAGCGUUUCUCACAAAGAUCAUCCAUUCCUUAAUAUUCCAUUUCAACCGGUCCGUUCUAAGUGAGAAAUUAUUUCUAAAGAGAAACGUCCUUAAUUUAAUUUAAUUUAAUUUUUUAAUAGGUGCUGAUGUUUUACUUUGUGUUGAAAUGAUGUCAACCGGUGAAGUUGCUUGUUUUGGUGCAAAUCGUGUUGAUGCUUAUUUAGAAACAUUCAGAAAUACUAGUUAUCGAUUACUAAAAAGAAAUAUUCUUGUUUCAAUUGGUUUAUAUAAAGCUAAACAAGAAUUAUUAACAGCUAUACAUAUGUUAAAAGAACUUGGUUAUGAAUUAUAUGCUAGUAUUGGUACAGCUGAUUUUUGGGUAGCUAAUAAUAUUCGAAUAUAUCCAAUUGGUUGGAAAUAUGAACAAACAGAAACAAAUUUAAUUGGAUUUGAAAAUGGUAAUGGUGAAUCACUAACAUUUGAAAAUAAUUCACAAACAACAAUUGCAGAUUAUCUUGCUAAUCGUUUAUUUGAUUUGGUUCGUAUUGAUUUAUUAUUAAUUUAA